AUGGAAUCAUCAAAAAUACUUAAAAAAGAUGAAGAUAAACUUACUGAUAUAGAUACAAAUUAUGAAAAAUUAACUGAAAAAGAAUUGAAUCGAAAAAGCUCACCUGAACUAACUCAAGGCAGGAAAAUACAAAAUGAACCAUCAACUAAUGCAUUAAAGUCACCGUAUAAAGAAUACCAAAAACCAAGUCAGUAUCCGCUGCAUCAAUCUACAUCUAUUCCAUCAUUAUCAAUGUUAAAUGAAUCAAUUCAAAGAUCAUCUGCUAUGCCUAGUGCUCCAACUUCGCCACAAAAACAGCCUCAACAUAUAACUGAUCCGGGUUUAUUAGUAUUACUAGGGCCUAAUAUAACAUCAUUUCCAUUUUCAGAGGUAGCAUAUAUAGAAACUAUGAAAUUUAAGUCAGAACAAGAACGUACAAAACAAGAGUUUUAUAGAGCUGAAACAGCUAAUAAAAAUUUGAAUAUUUUACAUACAGCAUUACAAGCUCAAAUUCCUCCCAAUAUGAUACCUCAAUUUAUAAAUGCUGUUGGAAGUGGUAGUUUUCAGGCAGGUUUCAAUGAGAAUGAAAUGAUUUUACAAUCAAUUAGAUUACAACAGCAACAACAGCAACAACAACAACAACAACAACAACAACAACAACAACAGCAACAGCAUCCACAACAACAACAACAACAGCAGCAGCAGCCUCAACAACAAUCACUACAACAACCGUAUCAAGCGUCACAGCCAUUCUUGCAACAACAACAACUACAGCCACAAAAGCAGCAACAAGGGGGUAUUUUGCAGAAUCCACAGCAUGCACAAUUUAUUGAUAAUAAUCAAAAACGUAUGCAACAAGAGUAUCAAGAACAGAUAUCAAGACAACAGCAACAACAACAAACACCUUCUCAAAAUCAAAAAAGUUCCAAACCAUUUGGAUUAAUUAAUCAAGAUUUAUUAAAUGCCAAUCCCAAUCCGGCUAUAGGAUACAAAUUUGGAUCUUCAUUUACUACAUCACAAAAAAGACCUUUGUCGCCUGCAAAAAUAGGAGCUGCGGCAGUAGCGAAUCUAGCAUCUCCAACAACACCAUUCAGAGCACCAGCUUCAACCUCAUCAUCUACAACAACCAAUAAAAGAUCAACUAGAGGUCAUCAACGGCAUUAUUCCAUGCCAACAGAGUCAAGCUUAUUGGGGAGAAGUAAAUUGAGAAGAGAAUCAACAGAUCAAUCUGAAAGUGCUAGAACUUCAAAUCAAAUACUUCAGUCUCCAUUAGGUGCAACAUCAACAAUUCAAGUCAAUCCAAUUCCAGCUCAACCAUUACAUAAACAAAAUAAACUGCAAGUUCAACCACUGCAAGAGUCAAUGCAAUCUUUCCAACAUGUUAUACAAUUUCAUCAUUGGCAACCAGAAACUGGAAUUCAGAGUAAUACUAGUAAUGCAUCUCCAUCUCACAAACGUCAUAAGUCAAUGUCAAGAGAAGAAAGUAUAUCCUCAGUCAAUGCUACUCCAAAACCAACAAGCUCUGCGAAACAUGGAAUUCAACAACAGCCAACCAUAAAAAUUGAAAAACAACCUCAACAACAGGAAGUUGAAGAGGAUCAUGAUUCAUCAAUGGAUAUGGAUAAUUCUUCAACUAAUAUUGAUGCAUCAAAAGAGACAGAUCAACUGGCUCAUCCACCAUCUCAAUCUCAUUCACGUCAACGUUCAGAUGUUGGAAGAUACCCUCAUAACAUAUUAUCAUCAAAUAAAUAG